AACAAAAGCGAACAGUAAACGUACUCUUGCACUGGAAACAUACAAUUCAUAAGGCAUGAAUAAAAUCCACAUUCAUUUUUUUUUGUCGAUUCUCCCGAUUUCCGCCUUCACCUGUUUAUGACAGAACGGAGCAUAGCAUCAUUUUGAGUUUGAUUCCCGUCAGGAACAGAUCUCAGCUUUCACCGUGUACUUUGCUUUAUUUCCAAUUUCAUCCUUUUUCCACCAAAUAAAUGAAAAGGUUAGAGGAACGUAUUCCCAAUCUUAAUGACAGAUUAUAUCCAAAGAACAACCCCAAAAAACGGUACGUCAGUGAGGAUUUGCCGUCUUACAAAUUAAAUUUGAGUAAGAAAAAAAACAUAUUCGGCAUAAAUAAUCCUUACUGCAAUCCGAUAAUUAAUCAAAUUAAAUUGGGGUCUAAUGAAGAAGUAAAACCUCACAGUCAAAGUUCUGUCAUUAAAAAACGCCCAAACAAAAAGCUUUCAUGCAGUCCUGUUUCUCAAAUAUUAAGUGUUCAAUUACCGGCAAAAACUACCUGUAAAGAGAAACAUGAUCACAUCCCUCAACAUAUGACAGUUGAAGAUCCUAUUGAUGACUGCAAGCCAAAAACUGAAAACCAACUUGAAAACAAGGAAAAUAUGAGCAACGCGCAAAAAGAUAACAUCAAAUAUCCAUUUAUUCAGUGGAAUUUCAAUAAGGCUGAAAGUCAAAUGAAAAAAGAUACUACAGAAGCCUCUAUAGCUCAGAAUUCAGGAAAUAGUUACGUCCAAGAAGUUACACCUAUGGAAUUAGAUGAAACAAAACAAGUGACAAAUGAUAAACUGAUUCAGGAAGGGAAUGAAACUAUUCCAGAUAUAAAACACAACCAAGGUGAAAGGCCCAUAGAGAUGAACUCCGAACCUUCUAUCAGUCAGCUACAUGAAAACAAUGAUAAUAAAUUAACAGAAACAAUAAAAUUGGAAAAGACCAGAGAAAACCGGACAAGAGAGAAUGAAAUAGUAAAUGAAUGCGUAACAAUUGAGGACAGAGAGGAUAGUCAAAAAUCUCAAAAUGAACAAAAUAUAAAUACUGAAGAUUAUCUUGAUAAAAUCUGCACUCAGUAUGUAACUGAUCUUCCACAAGGCCAGAAAGGAACCUUAAGUAAUAAUGGUCUAAUUGAAUUGAUGUUACUCCAAUUAAACUCUAAACCGGUAGUGUUCAUCAAUAAAUUAAACCAAGAUAAACAUUUAUCUUCUCCAGCCAAAGACACAAUCUCAUCUCCAAAAAAUAGUCUUCCACAAUCACCAGAGAUAGAUAACAAAAAGAAAAAUACUAAAGAAUGUAGAGUUAGUUUUGCAGGACAAUCUAGUCUGAAAAGAAAAAGCCCAAAUGACCAGGAUCGGCUAACUGAUGAUUCUGCGAAAAAACCUUUAGUUUCCAUCUUAAAGAACUCCAAUAGGGAAAGAAUGUUCUACUCUAAACAAUCAUUGUGUACCCCUAAAGUUAAUGUCACUCGACUCGAUUUAAAUGAAUUAUUACGACUGUCAGUACAUUCCAGCAAUGGCCCAAUAAACAAUAUUGGAGACGUUUACAACACUCUGAAAGAAUCACAAAGUGGAAACAAUGAAACUGUGCAAAGGCUUCAAUCCAUACAAGAACAAACAGAAAAAUCUCGUUUAGAUUUAGAUUUAGAAAGUUCUUCCCUUCCUGUAGAUAAAUACAAAAAAUUUUUAAGCCAAACCUCAAGUACUGACAGAGUGGAUAAUUGUGAGCGGAGAGGACUAGUUGAAAUGUGCUAUUAUAAAGAUAAUAAUGUUGCCGGAAAAAGAAAUAAAAUAACAUUCGACACUUUUCAGCCUUCUACCAGUACGACAAACAGUGAAAAAGUUCAUAAGACUCUCGAUGACUCGUCAAAUCAAAUUCCAGUCAGAAAAGAUGGAAAUCAGUCUGUGGAAGAUAUGAUGCCACUUUUAAACACUGAUAUUUGGAGAGAUUUUAUGGCCCAUGUCAGCGGUAGAUCAAGGUGUGCGAGUGGGGUUUUGAAAACUUCUCCACUUUUUCAGAGAAACAUCGACCAUGAUACUCAACUCCAAACAAGUCCUACAAAAUUUCCAUCUCCAUUAAGGAAUGUCAGCAUCGACCUCGAUGAACCUGCAAGUGUUAAAAACAGUUCGAGUGACAUUGGAGACAAUUUUAACGAUGUGUUACGGUUAAACACACCCCAAGAAAUUGUUAUAGCGCAAAAAGAACUCUCUAUGGAUUAUUCUCCUGUCUGUUCAAUGAACGAAAACAUAUCCUCCAAUCUUUCUAACCCCUUUCUAGGCUCAGACCAAAACCCGUUGAUGCAUUUAGACUCAUUUCUCAAGAGCCAAACCAAUGAAAACAUGCAGCAGCUUUUAGAAGACGAAAUGAAGAGGAAAAGUAUCUUGGCACAGCUGUUAGAAGUGUGUAAACUAGAUUCUCAUAUAAACACGACUCUGCAAUACGGUUCUGAAUCUUCAGGAUCAAAUUUGCAAAACCCUCUUGUAAAUAUCUGGGACGACUUAGAAUGUGUGAACAUCAAGUCUGAGCCACAGUUCGAUACAUCGUUUGAGAGUGAUGACGAAUAAAUGACCAAAUGGCAAAGGAACAUCUGCAAUGAGAAAAAUUUUUGGCUUCAAGGCAUUGUCACUCAACUCUCAAGUCAAACUGUAUCUUGGAAGAAAAACUUUAAAAGAGCCAAACAGGAAUUUUAACGCAGAAAGACUACUAAAUUUUUACAAUUCACUCAUUAACGUUUAAAUUAUUUUAUUAUUUAAUUUAUUUUAUUGUACAAUA